CAAUUUAUUACGCCCGGCGGCGAAGCCGAAAGGGCUACCAAAGCUGACUACAUGUACAUUGCUGAGCUCCUCCAUAUCUGCCGCCUCGCUUCGGAUUCCCGUGGUUUAGUUUUAUUAUUAGCAUGCCACCUUGAAGCCUAUUCUUCAAGUGUUCAGCGUCCUAUCUAUGUACGUCCAUUCGCAUGUUUGACGUCGGUAGGCAGGACGUCUUCGAGAUGGAGGAUGCUGGAAACGAAGUGCAGACCGCACAAUCCAAGGCCGUCUCUGAUUGGCGAGUGGUGGAUGCAAAAAAAGCGAAAAUCCGUAAAGCGCAACGGUUUUUGAGACAAGUGUCUCUGCGCAUGCGGCUUGCAGCCCGACAGGAGCGGCUACCGCUACACCGGAUCGCUCAUCAAGCCAGAGGGAGAAGUACAUCGUAGCUUAUUUGAAGGCGCCGAGACCUAACGCAUAGUUUGUUGGGCGAAUCGUCUAGUUUUGUAGUUGAACGGAUUUUGUCAUGAUGCAGUGGGAUGAUGAUCAGCUAGGCCCCCUUACCCAUGUAGACACUUUUUCUUUUUUCCUCUUCCAUGGGAGAUCGUCCCAGUGCGUGCCGCGAGGCGGCAGACCGCGUUGACGAGUCCUUCUCAAGAAAAUUCAUUGCACGACAUAUCGCCCAUAGAAUGUAGCAUCAUCACUAGAGAGCGACAUAGAGUAGGGUGUAUUGAGUAAUCGUUGUUGUUCCUAUCAACUUUGCUGUGUCAUGCUUAGAGGUCGACAACCUCAACUGAACAACUACCACUUUUAGCGUGCGCUGUUAGUGCAAUGCUAAAGGUGGGCUCCAGUCCCCGCGGUUUGCCGCCGUGCGCUGGGGUAGAUUAGCUGUACGCUAAUCAGACCCUUAACAACGCGAAUUUUCCCCACGAAUCGAGCUGACGAUUAUUCAACCUAACAAACCGCCGCCGACUCGAUAUCGCCUUCCGCAGGCUAUUUGAAGUCUUCAAUUGAAGAAGCAGAGGUUCCAUCUAGCCUGCCGGAGGAGGCGGGUUCUUUCCUGGUGAAGCGGUACUCAUAGGCCCUAUUUUACCACCAUCGACCGACUCCUCGACUUCGCUCUCUCAGCACAAUCCCCCAUGCGAACGAAGGAUUCCCCUCGAAGAGUCACAGCUGUGUCUUUAUCUAUCGUAGAGCCUGGCAGACUAGGACGGAGAGGAAUAAGCUGUACCUCCUCUUACCGAACAUCGGACAGCCGCCUAACACCAACGAGACACUACGACCACGAAGAGCGCUCCGAAGCGCUAUACUUAUUUUCGGAAGAAGGAGCUAUACAAGGAAGCCGUUUAAGUUGCCGGUGAACCGUGGCCACUGACGGGAGGAGCUCGCAACACGGGAGACGGGUAUGGUGAACUAUCGCUAGGGUAUAUCGUGGGAAACCUUCGGCUAGGUCUGGGUAAAGGCUCAAUUAAGUGUUAGGUGAAGCUAACCUGGAGGCCCAUCGUAUAGUGGUCACGGGCAAAAGGCUUGAAAUUCUGUGCCAAUAGGCUUGACUUGUAGGAUAUCUUUGGUAGCCCUACACGCCGGAUGCCCCUCGGGAGGCCAGCCACGGCGUUAAAAUUUACACACACACAGGGUGCCCCAUCUCUGCCCUGGAGAGCAGUGUCGGUGGUCGAGUCCAGCCCCGACAACC